UUACAGUGCUUCCAUGGAGCUACCAGCAAAUGGACAAAAACAGCACACACUGUUGAUCAAACAAAGACUGCUUAACCACGCGGUCUAUUCUCAAGUUCUCGACGCUAUAAAUCUCUGCUAUGUCCUUUCUUUUCGAUGCAUCUCACAUUCUCACCCCCACAUUCAUAGAUUUACAUAUAUAAUCUUAUAAAACCAUCUCUCAAAUGGGUUCUAGACAUACUUCUAUAGCCAUUUUCUUCUUGCUUUUUCUCACUGUUACUAAUAACACACCCUGCAACGCACAGUUAUCUUCUACCUUCUACGACACUACAUGUCCCACUGCACUCCGUACAAUCAGAACCACCAUCAGAACAGCCAUAUCUCGUGAACGUCGCAUGGCGGCUUCCCUCCUGCGUCUCCAUUUCCACGACUGCUUCGUUCAAGGUUGUGACGCAUCGAUCUUGUUGGAGGAUGGGCCUUCGAUAGUAGGAGAAAGGAAUGCGUUGCCUAAUAAGGGUUCUGUAAGAGGCUACGAAGUGAUAGACGCUGCAAAAUCUGAGGUGGAGAAACUUUGUCCCGGAGUUGUAUCUUGUGCAGACAUACUCACGGUGGCCGCUCGUGAUGCAUCAGAAAUGGUUGGUGGUCCGUCAUGGUCGGUGAAGCUCGGAAGAAGAGAUUCCACCACCGCUAGCCUUGUUCUAGCGGAGACCAGUCUUCCUAGCUUUAAAGCUCCUCUUGAUUCACUUAUCUCCACCUUCAAAGAUAACGGACUUAGCGCCAGGGACAUGGUUGCUUUAUCAGGAGCUCAUACAAUCGGACAAGCUCAAUGCUUCUUGUUUCGUGACAGAAUAUACAGCAAUGGAUCAGAUAUUGAUGCCGGAUUUGCUAGCACACGUAGACGUGGUUGCCCUGUAAAUGAUGGAAAUGGAAAUCUUGCACCACUAGAUUUGGUGACACCGAAUUCGUUUGAUUACAACUACUUCAAGAAUCUGAUACAAAAGAAGGGUCUUCUUGAAUCAGAUCAGGUGCUUUACAGUGGUGGGUCAACAGACAGCAUAGUUUCGGAAUAUAGCAACAAUCCUUCCAAGUUCAAGUCGGAGUUUGCAGAAGCGAUGGUGAAGAUGAGUGAGAUCAGGCCGUUAACGGGUCAAGAAGGAGUGAUAAGGAGGAUAUGUGGUGCUCUUCCCUAAGCUAACUCAUUUCAAAAAUUGAUUUGGGUGCUUGUUUUUGUCUCGGAAAAUUAUACUUGUAAUAAUAUAUAUCUUCAUUCAUUUAUUUAAUUAUUCUUUUGAGUGUUAAGAAAUAUAAAACCUUAUGAAUA